ACCAAACAAAUGUACCCCCGAAGCUACCUGACUUUUUGAUUAUUUGUACAUUUGCUUGAAGGUUUAUUUUACCAGGGGCAAUGUCUAAGGCAUCGCUCAAGAAAAAGGAGACCUCCAGUAAAGUCUCUUUAUCCGAACGACAGACUGAAGCAUCGUCCGUAGGAGCAACUUCCUCUGAGAGCCUUGGAGGUGUUUGGAGAUGCAGGUUUCCCAUUUGGCCUGAGUGGAAUGACUCAGAAGUCAACCUGGAGAAAUGGGACUCAAGUAAAGGAGCUGAUGGAAACUCGAACAAGAGUCCUCAUGCUCCAUUAUUUGAAGAUCCUGAGGGAAAAAUAUCCCUGCCUCCAUCUGUGAGAGUGCACUCCUGGAAACGUCCUACAGAGUUUAUUGUCAAGGGUAUCACAGUUGUUGAGAAUCCAAUGACCUUUGAACUGAUCUCCCCAAAUGAUCAUCUGAUUUGCAGUGAGCUGAUGAGGUGGAUCAUCAGUGAGAUAUAUAUUGUUUGGACGCUGCAUAACAAUUCAGAUACAACACAAGAUAUUUGGAGACCUUGGGAUCACAUCUACUCACUGUGUAAGGUGGGCAGAGGUCAUGUGCCACUCUACAACAUCUAUGGAAAAUACCUGGUCAGACUCUACUGGAUGGGUUGUUGGAGGAAGAUAACAGUAGAUGAUUCAAUGCCAUUUGAUGAAGAAAACAACUUGCUUCUCCCAGCCUCCACCUGUCAGUCAGAGCUGUGGCCAAUGUUGUUGGCUAAGGCUCUCAUUAAGGUGGCCAACACAAAUGUAACGUCAGAGGCCAGCAGGGAGAUGGGUGAGUUCAGCUUUAUCCAAACCCUCACUGGCUGGAUCCCAGAAAUCCGUCCUUUAAGGUCCGUAAACCUGGGAAAAACCUGGGAUUUCUUACACAAAACCCUUCCGAUAUUUACAUUACCGGAUGAGAGUUUGCUGGGGACGAAGCCUCAGACUGCAGAUUCAGCUGCAGGGAAAGAUUCCAGCUUCAAUGACUGCAAGAAUGAUCCCGCAGAGCAGGAGAAAAGUGCCCCUGAGGUAGUGGUGUGUGCCAGCUACUACCCUUUACAGCCACAUCAUAAUUCCUUUGGGUUUGGACAAAUGGCUAAUUCCUCAGAGUGCCUUCGUCAGUACGGUCUCUCCUUGCUGUGCAGCCACAUCGUCUUGUUGACCAGAACCCGGGCUUGCCAGCUUGAGGCACCACCCAAACCUCCACCUGUACCACAAUGGAAACUCAUCCGCCCGCUGAAGGAGAUCAAUGUCACGGAUGAACCACGGAAGCUUUCUUUGUCCAAACCAGAGCAGUUCAUUGAGGUGGCCAGCCCUUUUCUCUCCUACAGUGUCAAGAGCAGCGCUGGCCCGAUCCUGGAGCUAGAGGCCAGGAAGAGCGCUCAGGGGAAACAAUCCCAUGGAUCCCCUCUGGUCUCCAUCACUGAGAGAGAGGAGACUGAUUGCAGUGGAGGCCUUGAGCCUGACGCAGCUGAACGCACCACAAACAAACCAAACGGCACAACAGGCAAAAUAGAGGUUACUGCAGAGGACAGGAAGAAGGACAACGAUGACAUAUCCAAUGAUCGACCCAAAACUGCAUUGGAGGAUCGUUUAACUUCGGACCCCACCACUCCCUUCAAUCCCAUCCUGCAGGAGACCUGGGUGGACCUGGAUGAUUUUGCCAAAUGCUUUCAGACCCUCUUGGUUUUCCAUACACCACAAUGCUUCCCACAUCAGAUCCACAAAUCUAAUUUUAAGAGCACCGUCCUGGCCAAAACUGCAACAGGCACCAACCCUACUGGGUCAGCUACUAACAUCACUGGAUCCAGUCCUUUGAUAUCUACUGUAGCAAGCCCUGAAAGUCCAGAGGUAAAAGGCACACACUACCUGUGUGUGGACAGCGUGCAGCAUCCCCAGAUCCACAUCAGCUUCUCUGCUCUGCUUCUCUGGGCGUAUACAGCUGAGGAGAAAAAGGAAGCAUCAGUAUGUACGUCUGCAGUUCUCACCGCCCAGACCUUCUCCUGGAAAAGCCUGCAGUCUGAGCUGCCAAUUCUCACUAUCAAGACCACCACCUCAAAAGCAGCCGUGCUUAACUUACCCCCGGGGCGCCAUGUGUUGUCCUUCCAGACAAAGGCAGCACUGGGUUACCACGUUCACCUAUACAGCAAGACACCUUUCAUCUUUGGGGGUGAAGAAACCAUCAUGUCAAACCUCACCAAGGAAAGUGCUCGUUUCAUAGAGCAGGCCUCCUCCAUCUUUAAGGCCCUCUCCAGAGUGGUGUCUUCCUUUAGCGAUGAGCAGGAUCAGCCAGCAGCCAGAAGAAACCUGGAAGAGACUCACUGUCCGCAGAACAUCAACACCAGCCUGGCGAAAGGGGAACACCAAGAGGUGUUUAACUUUGCAGUGUACAGCAUGCUGUGUGAGGCUCUGGGCAGGGAGCUGACAUCAGAAGAGCGCUUUGCUGUACUGGCUCUCACAGCUGACCCUUCACCUUUGGAAAUGGACCCCAAAGAACACUCUGAUACAAGCAGGAAGGAAAACCUCAGUGCAUCUAAGAUCCUUUCAGACAUCUGGCCGAAGGUUGAAUCAGAUGCAGAAAAGCAUGCUGCCCUCUUGCUACGGUAUAUCAUUGACCGCUCUGAGAGUAAAGCAGAGCUCUACCCCUGUCAGCAGGAUGAAUGGACCAGAGUCUCCUUCGCUGAUUACUCUGUCCCUCUCCAAGACACAGCCAAUUCCUGGGUCUUGGUCUUUAGAGAGGUCUUCCUGGUUCCUAAAAAGAUGCUGCUGGUACCAAAGAUCUACUCCCCAAUCCCCAACUGUCUGCUGCACGUCAUAAAUAAUGACACAGGAGAGGAGCUGGACACGCUCUUCAGCAAUGUAGCAGAACAAGUAUAUCAACCCAAUAAGCUUGGUUAUACCUUUGUAGCAGAGGCUGUCACGCCUGAAUGCCCCCCUGUUGGUGCAAAGUGGAGGAUGCGCUUGAUUGGCUCAAGGGAACUCCUGCCAAAACUGUCUCGUGAGAAUCCACUCAACACAUUCUCUGUGAAGGAGUUGAGGGAUUAUUACAUUCCCAAUGAGAAGAACCUCAUAUGUCGUUACUUUGUGGAGGUGACAGCAGACGUUGUAGGGACUGUUCAGUUUCAGACUUCCAAGCCAGAUGUAUUGAUCCGACUGUCCAUCCUGGACCAGGAGAAUGAGAUGGCUAGCAACACUGGGAAGGGUCAUGUGGUAAUCCCUGUGUUCUGCUUCCUGGCUAACAAAGACACCCUCCAGCAGAGAGAUGAGGAGGACACAACAGCUGGGAAUUCAGACUCCUCGUCUGACCAGCCUUCCACAGAGACUAUGAGUCAUAAGUAUGUGGUGCAGGCAGAGGUGCUUCAUAGCUGGGAUUUGGACGAGUCUCAGCUGGCUUUUGUCCAUAAACUCAGAGACUUGGAGAAGAAUCAAAUGAGAGAAUACCAGCCUGAGGACCUGAACCAGUCAUCCACCACCACAUCUGAAACACCCAAAGCCCAGCGCAAAGGAAAAGGUGACAAGGAGAAGGAGAAGGGGAAGCCAGUGACCAGCCCUAAAUCUGUCUCGAGACAAGAAACGAGCCUUGACCUGUCUAAGGCCAACUGGACUCUGCGUGUGGUCAGUGAUACAGGCCAAUCGGAGAGCAUCAAGGUGACCAAGGACACAGAGAGGAGGGACUGGAUCAAAGCCACUAAAAAAGCCUGGGAGAUGGCUGAGGCAGGCCGCUGUGCCAGGGCAUUACAGUCUCGUCUCAAGUUUUGUAACCAACUCCAACACCAAGCAGGUGAUGAAACUUCUACAGAUGACACAGAAAACGGAGAGCCAGCUGUGCACGAAUUUGGUUCUGACAUCUCUCUGAAUCCAUCUAACAAAAAGCUGACCAACGCCUCAUGCUCCUGUCCGUCCAUGGACUACACUCCUUUCAUCAGACGCCAAACGGAUUUCCCUGCUCUGAUGGACUCCCAAAUGGAGGAGAUCCAGCAGAGGGAGCGCUUAGAAAAGAUCCAGACUUACCGGUUGAUCCGAGACAAUGUGCUGGAACACCAGAAACAGCAACAGCUCAACCGGAAGCAGCUGAGGACACACCACCCGGAGAUAAAUGAGAACAUGCAGCACUGUAAGAUAUUCCUCGAUGCUUGCGGGGCAUUAAGUAACCGUCAGAAGGCAAACAUUAAAAUGGAACAUGAAGCGAAACAACCUAUGGUGGAGGCCCAGCAGGCAACUUUAGAAAAAACAACCCCCGACUCUGCUGCCACCCAGCAGCCCAACAAACGUGCCAAGAGUGCUGGCAAAAAGAAAUGAUGGUCAUUGGCAUCACUCUCAGCUCUCCUCAACAGACACUUCUCAACAAUACUGAAGAAUCCAAUCACAACAUCGUAUCCUGCACCUGAUGAUAUAAUACCUCACUCAAAGAUUGUUCCAGCACCUGAUUCAGAGCUGCAAUUAACUCACUCUUUUGAAAUAUGAAACUAAGAACUUUGAGAACAUUUAUUCUGUAUGACAGCUAAACAUAUUCCCAUAGCACAUAUUGAUACCUGUUAUCUUUCAUUUAGAACUUGUAUUAACACUGUUCACCUACAAAAGUGUUUUAUGUAUUUUUCGUUCAUUUUUCAAAUCAUAAU